CACUCCUCUCCUCUUCUCUGAAACUGAAAAGUGAACAAAGAACCCUAGGCACCCCCCCCUCUCUCUCCAGCCCCGCACCCCGCAGCCUCGGCAGUCACCGCAGCCCCCGCAUCCCCGUUUCGUUGUCAUCGCGGAACUCUUCUCCGCUGGGAAGCUCCGUCGUAGGAAGCUCCGUCGCUGUCCUAGGAAGCUCCGUCGCUGUCCUAGGAAGCUGUGUCGUCUUCGUGGGAAGCUCCCUCGCCGUCGUGUGGAUGCUCUGUGGCCGUCGUCGUCUCCUCUGUUCGAGCGCUCUCUCUCUCUCUGUUCGCAACCUUGCUUCUGUUUGGAUUUUCAAGAAUAGGAAGGUAAGAAAUUUAACAGCAAUAGCAAAAUAGAAAACAGAAUUGAAGAGUGGAUCAAAGUGAUUGAAGGUUUAAAAUCUAAUAAGUGCAUCUGUUGAAGAAUGUUUAAGACCUUACUUAGGCAGUGGUUGGUAGCAUAAAAUGGUAGCAUUAUCUUUGAUGUUCUAGUAGAUUGUCACCUAUGUUGUAUAUAUAACUAUAAAUAUAUUCGAGUCAUACCAUUAUUUUAAAUGUUAAUCAGAGCUUCUCUUGCUGAAUAUAUUUACUUGAAAGUUUUCCUUGUGCCCACCACUUUUUAAAACACAAAACAGAGUUUUUAUUGUUGAAGCUACAUCCUAUAUUUAGUUUGUACUUUAUGGCUGGAAAUUUUAUGGAAGUGGUGGCAAAAAGAGUAAGUGCCUGCAUUGUUCAAAAGUAAAAGAUUUGAUUAAUUGUCAUGACUCCAUGAUCUAGGAAUCCUAUAUUAUACAUCUUUCAUGCAUUGCUUAGUGUUUUCCAACAUGAAUUGAUGGUGCCUGCCUCACCUUAUGCAUUAGAUUAUGCAAUACUGAUAAGAGAUAGCCAUUGGGGAUAAUCAUAUGGACAAAAAGUAGACUCACCAAGUUGAGUUAAACCGGUUGAACCCCGAUUGAACCUCGGUUGAACCUCUGAAUCAUUGAACCAGUCACUCAACCAGUUCAUUGACCGGUUCGUUUCUCACAACCUUGAUCAAUUCUAUACAAACUUCCGUUUACAAACUUUAAUCCAAACACACACAUGGUCUAUUAACUGAACCGGGGCGGCUUGGUUGAAAACAAGUAAGUAGUGUUGUAGAGGUUUAUGUCACAGCAUCCCAGCCGCCCUUCUUCCCCUUCUUCCUCCAGCCUCCACGAACCUUCACGCCGAAAAGGAACCGCAUGCAUUUCAACUUUCCAGCUUCUCAUUUGAGUUAUCUCAUUCGCUGCUCGACUACUUCAUAGCUCCAUUGCAGCUUUGCAUCUCCGUCUUGCACCUCUGUCUCGCCUCCUCUGCUCUCUCCCUGCUAUCCCCUCCUGCCUGCAGCCCAAACGAGCAUCCCUGAUGCUCCUGCCACCACUGUGACAGUUGCUUCCCUUUGUUCGAGUUCUGUUCUGCUGUUUUUCAGUUUUUAAACCUUUCACUGUUUCACCCUUGUUCCCAAGGAUGGUUACUGAAGGAACUAAAGGACCUCAAUUCUCAGCAGAUAUGGCAACUCGCAAAAUCCAUGUGCAGAAGUUUGCAGAAUCUAGAGCCUAUGAGCUUGAGAGUCUUCAAUCUGUUAUAGCGGACAGAAUAAAGGGUGAUUAUAGGAGUCAAAGAAACAAGAGAAGACGAACUAGUUCUUAUAAUAGCAAAGCUGGGACAAGAAGAAAAAGGCAAAAGCUGGGAACAGUACAUAAUAAAACUGGUGGUGUUGAAUUACGUUUAGGUAAAGAUGAGAUAAAGAAGCUUCCAAGUCGGCGCAUGCGCCGGAGAUAUGAACUUAAGAUGAACUUGGAUAGUGGGUUUUGUACUUCUGGCGAUGGAACCAAGAGGCUGAGAACUCAUGUUUGGCACACUAAGCGGUUCACCAUGACAAAACUCUGGGGUUACUACCUUCCUCUAGCACUUCAAGGAAGAGGAAAAGGUUCAAGGGCACUCUUGAAAAGGCUCAAACAAGGGGUGGUUGUGCAUGAUGCAAGCUAUUACACUGCUGUCCAAGUGGAAGGUCCAGAGGAAUCAUUAGCUUCUCUAUUAAGAAUGGUACUAGUGCCCUUCCCGGAAACAUCUUCUCAAGAUUCUGAUGAAUCAGUAUCGGGUACCACUUGUGGAAUGGCAAUGCUUUAUCAAGUCGAAGCACCAGUUUCUCAGCCAAUUGGCCCUGUGACCUAUAUGUGGCGGCCAACAUUCCAACAAAAUAUUAGUGGAGAGGAUGAUAUCAAUGAUGAAUUAAUGAAACAUGAUGUUGAUUCAGAUGAAAGCCCAAAUAGAAUGAAACUCGGUGCUUCAUUUAGACAGCUUUGGGUGUGGAUACAUGCUUCUGCCUUUGAAGAAGGAUACGAUAGUCUAAAAUUUGCAUGUCAGAAAGAGAUGGAAAAGACAGGCAUCUCAAUUAAUUGCUUUUCACUUGAGGGUGAACUUGCAAAGUUGGAGGUAAUCGGAUCAGGAGCGAUUCAAAUUCUUCAAAAGAUGUUGCAUCCAGUUACAAGUAUUUCAGAUAAUCAUUGUCUAUGGGAACAUGUGCCUACACAAGACAGCGUUUCUCAGAAGACAAGUUCAUCCAUAUCAGACAAUGAGGAUAAGUUUUCUUCUGUUGCAAUUUUAUCACUUAAUGUUAAGGAUCCUCGACAAUUGUGCGGGAAAGGAACCGUUUCAUCAGUGGAGCCAAGUUCUGCUGAGGCAGUUAACGGCGCACAAGAAACUAUUCAUGAAGAGUUGGAGAAGACUAGUGACUUGGCUUCAUCCACAUGGUCCAAAUUAGAAAACAACCAGUAUCAUAAUAACGAUCUCUGGUAUGCUAAAUCUAGACGAUUGAGGACCCCAUUGUCAGAGAGUAUGAUUUGUAGUGAGAAACACCACAAACGUUUGACACAUUACUGCCUGGAUGAUGUAGAUUCCAGGGAGGCAAACUCUUUGACAGAGGAGCAAUGCUCAAGAUCUUGCCCUAUUUUGCUUGUAAAACAUCACAGGAAGGAAUUGUUUAGAGGAUGUUCUAUCAUACUUCCCUUAAGUUGGGUUAAGGCCUUCUGGAUUCCUCUCAUCUCUAAUGGGGCGCAUGCAAUCGGUUUGCAAGAGAUGCACUGUAUUGCACAUGAAAUGGGAUUGCCAGCUUUCCCUUCAGAUUUCCCAGAUUGUAAGGCAUACUCAUGUUUCAUGUCAGCUAAAGCUGCUGCAUUUGAUAAAAAAGCCGAGUUACGUCCUCCAUCCAAAAGGCCUAUGAGAGUUCCCAUCUUGCCCCCAUGGGGUAUUAUUCGUAGUACACUCAACAGAAAAAUUAAUGCAGUGGAAACUACUGAUGUUUCAACACUGGAAGAUUUAACUGAUCUGAAUUCAUUGCCAAAAAAGAUCGACUCUGAGAAUAGCUUGUUUGAUGGAAUUGUGGCAAGGACAGGUUCUGUGCUGACUAAUUUCCUUAAUGAAACCAAAGGUGGCCAACUGUCAUUGUUUCCGUAUGCUGCAGAUGGAGAUGAGAAAAUCACCAAGUUUAUAAAGGGUGAAGUAAACCUUAAUCGGAGCUGCCAAAAUUCUGUUAUUUCUGACCAUAGGUUAUGUUUCCUAAGAGUUCAUCUUCGCCCUUUCAAGAAAGGUUUUUUCGAAGAGGGAGCAGUUAUUUGUGCACCACACCCAUCUGAUACAUAUUUAUUGACUUCAUGCAUUGAGAAAAAUGAAGGAUUUCAACUGCCACAAUCUGCUCUAGAAUCAUACUUUAAAGAGGAUCAUUCCUCCAAAAGAUGGGAAAUGCAUGUACCAGAUGAUUCAAAUGCCAAAGAGUAUCAUCGGUGGCCUAUCGGCUUUGUCACAUCCGCUGCCAUACAAGGAAGCAAGAGGCUAGUAGCAGGGGGAUUUUGUGAGGCAGUUUUACUUGCAAAUUUAAGAGAGGAGCAGUGGAAGGAGAUGCCGGCCAAGCGGAGGAAGAAGGAUAUUUACGUGCUUGUCAGGAAUUUAAGAUCUGUGGCAUAUCGACUUGCUCUUGCCUCUGUUGUCCUGGAGUAUCAGGAGAAUGACACUCACUUCAUGUAAACUGUUUAUGCAAAUUCUAAAAAAUUAUUUAAAAUUUUCAAACUUCAGUUUUUUAAACUUAAUUUAGCUUCAAAUUCUAAUUUCAUCUUA